CUGGCCGGGCUGGGGGAGCCGGGGGCACAAGAUGGCGGCGGGGGCCGCGGGGCCGGCGGGCGGCACCCCGAGGGCGGGCGUGCUGAUCGGGGACCGGCUGUACUCGGGCGUGCUCAUCACCCUGGAGAACUGCCUCCUGCCCGACGACAGGCUGCGCUUCACGCCGUCCAUGUCGAGCGGGCUGGACACGGACACGGAGACCGGCCUCCGCGUGGUGGGCUGCGAGCUCAUCCAGGCGGCCGGCAUCCUGCUCCGCCUGCCGCAGGUGGCCAUGGCCACGGGGCAGGUGCUGUUCCAGCGGUUCUUCUACACCAAGUCUUUCGUCAAGCACUCCAUGGAGCACGUGUCCAUGGCCUGUGUCCACUUGGCCUCCAAGAUCGAAGAGGCGCCCCGGCGGAUCCGGGACGUGGUCAACGUGUUCCACCGCCUACGGCACCUCCGAGAGAAGAGGAAGCCAGUGCCCAUGCUGCUGGACCAGGACUAUGUGGGCCUCAAGAACCAGGUCAUCAAGGCCGAGCGGCGGGUGCUGAAGGAGCUGGGCUUCUGCGUGCACGUGAAGCACCCGCACAAGAUCAUCGUUGUAUACCUCCAGGUAUUAGAGUGCGAGCGUAACCAACAACUGGUCCAGACCGCAUGGAACUACAUGAAUGACAGCCUGCGGACGGACGUGUUUGUGCGCUUCCACCCGGAGAGCAUCGCCUGCGCCUGCAUCUGCCUCGCUGCCCGCACACUGGAGAUCCCACUGCCCAACCGCCCUCACUGGUUUCUCUUGUUUGGAGCAACUGAGGAGGAAAUUCAAGAGAUUUGCAUAAAAAUCCUGCAGCUUUACACGCGGAGAAAGGCAGACCUGACACAGCUCGAAGCGGAGGUGGAGAGGCGGCGGCGUGCCAUGGAGGAGGCCCAUGCCCAUGCCCACCCGCCCGGGGCCACACCUCUGGUAGACAGCACGGCGGGCUUCUCACCGGUGGCCAAGCCCGCAGAGUCCCCCAAAGUCAACAGAGGGAACAAGUCCUCGCCCCCUUCCGUCAAGAACAUCAGGACUCAGGCCGACAGCCCGGUGAAUGGGAGGAGUGACAGUGAGUCCACCUCCAGGAGCUCCAAAUCACCUAGCCGCUCCCGCAGCCGCAGCGACUCCCCGCCCAGACAGGUGCACCGCAGUGGUCUCAGCCACAGCUCCCGGAGGGCCAGGGACUGCAUAUACCCACCCCAGAAGCCACCCAAGUCCCCCAGCCGGAGCUCGCCCCGCUCACGGAGCCAGUCCCGGGAGCGUGCUGACAGUUGCGGGAAAUACAGGAAGCGAAGUCGCUCCUGCAGGGACGAGCAGCUGCAGUCCUGUGAGCAUGCCGGCCGUUGCCACAAGCAGGCUCUCCCCGGGCACAGCCGGCAUCGCAGGUGAGGCAGGCUGUGCUGGCUGCUCGGCCACAGCUGCCCGAUCCCAGGGCCUGCGGUGUGGCUGUCUCCGGGACACGUAACCCGUGCCUGCACCCAGCCAUGUAGCCUGCUGCUUGUGACCAUGGCGGCCAGGUGCCUGCUCCCAGACGGACUUAUGGCAUGAUGCCGGGAGGUGGCACUCGCGCUGUCCACCCGGUCAGCAGACACUGGGGAUG